UCCGCCUCCUCUUUGCUCAAUGUUUUAGUAAACGUGGCCUUACCUUACCGCAGCAUCACUAUUGUGGAUGAAUGAGAAACACCCAGCGGUUCUUCCACCUCUUCCAGCCCGUGUCUCAGCUACAGCACACAGCCCGCUUCUGAACCAUGUCGGAGACGGAGCAGAUACCGGAGGCCGUCGCUGCCGUCCUGGAGGCCCUGAACAACACGGACUCCAACGGAACCGAGCAGGCUCUCAACGCGACGGCUAAAUUCGUGGCGAGUCCGGAGGGCACCGCGCUGGCGUACGGCAGCCUGGUGUUCAUGGCUCUGCUGCCCAUCUACUUUGGAGCCCUGCGGUCUGUCACUUGCUCCAAAUCAAAGGAGCUCGGAGAAAAUGAGUACGAUUCUGGGUUCAGAAAUGCAUCAGACAUGCCUGAAACGAUCACCAGUCGAGACGCCGCAAGGUUUCCCAUCAUCGCCAGCUGCACUCUGUUCGGGCUCUACCUGUUCUUUAAGGUGUUUUCUCAAGAGUACAUCAACAUGCUGCUGUCCAUCUACUUCUUUGGCCUGGGCGUGCUGGCUCUGUCUCACAUCAUGAGCCCUCUGAUGUCCAGGAUCUUCCCAGCUUCUUUCCCUAACAAACAGUUCCAGCUGCUCUUCACUCAGGGCUCCGAAGAGGCCAAAGAAGAAAUAGUCAACUAUGAGUUUGACACCAAGAACCUGCUGUGCCUGAUCAUCAGCAGCGUGGUGGGAGUCUGGUACCUGCUCAAAAAGCACUGGAUAGCCAACAACCUGUUUGGCCUGGCGUUCGCUCUGAACGGAGUGGAGCUGCUCCACCUGAACAACGUCAGCACCGGCUGCAUCCUGCUGGGGGGGCUCUUCGUGUACGACGUCUUCUGGGUGUUUGGGACCAACGUCAUGGUAACAGUUGCCAAGUCCUUCGAAGCACCAAUCAAAUUGGUGUUUCCUCAGGAUCUACUGGAGAGAGGACUUGACGCCAGUAACUUUGCCAUGCUGGGUCUCGGGGACAUCGUCAUCCCAGGAAUCUUCAUCGCUCUGCUGCUGCGCUUCGACGUCAGCCUAAAGAAGCAAAGCAAGACGUAUUUCUACUCCAGUUUCCUGGCCUACAUCUUCGGACUGGGCCUCACCAUCUUCGUCAUGCACACCUUCAAACACGCACAGCCCGCUCUGCUGUACCUGGUCCCGGCCUGCAUCGGCUUCCCCUGCCUCGUAGCACUGGUCAAAGGAGAGCUCACAGAGUUGUUCAGUUAUGAGGAGACCGUUCCCGAGGACACGGAGGCUAAAGAAGACGACGAAACAGAGAAGAAGGACCAAUAGCACCCAUCGCUUCCCCCCCCCACCACCAUCCAGCCUGCUGCCGCCACAUUUCAACGAAGCCCCUCCCUCUCCAGCUUCCUGUUCGUCGCCGGGCAGGGAUCUCAACAGGGGGCUCUCACGUAGCCAGCGUUGUUCGUGUCUGGUCUCCGUGGUAACAGCUGCUGUCGUGCGAGCGACGAUGGUGUUUGUAAUUAAAGGUUGUUUCGUUACGACAGCUCAGACUCUGUGCCUGCCAUGUCUCCUCUGUCUGUCUCUCAGCUGCACGCACACAGGGAACACACACAUCCUCUGCGGCUUUCCCCCCCAAAAACACACACACACCGAGUGUUUUAAUGUACGUUUAAUAAUAUGCAUGUGAAAGCAGACGCAGCGUCACCAGAUCUGAUCCGCUUGUGUGUUUGCAGCUCGUUGGCUCAGACCAAGAAACCAGUAAACUUCCACUGUUUGAAAGAGCGUAUAAUGCCGCCUCAAAAGUGGAACAAUCCCACGGUCAAACAAGUGCUUCUGUCUUUUGUUUCAAAGCCUCAAACAAAGAGCCACGACUCUCACUCUUUUGAAUAAGGCACCUGAGCUUGUAUAUUCCACCGUGUGACUUCUCAAACUCCUGAUUCCCUGUCGAUCGUCCCGCGGUGGUUCUUUGUCUCUGGGUCUCUUCUCUGGUUUUAUUUGGCGCCGGGUCGCCGCUCAUUCUGCCUUCUGCUUUCUCACAUCUGUGUUUCCUGUUUUGUUUUAUUGUGUUUUUUUUGUGUUAAAGGCCAGAAUUUUAAGAUGGGGAACAUUUUGUUUCUGAUUGUAAACAGUGAGUUGCUCAUGUUGUGUUUUUUUUUUAAACUUUUUUACACUUUUAUCACAGGAAAUAAUAAUUUUGUUGUCAUCAAAUCUCAUGUUUAGAUCUAAACCAACACUGUAAGAACAUACAUCUUUGAAACACCUCACAAAUGUACAUUUAUUUAAUUUUUGUAGAAGCUUCAGUAAUUUAACAACUGGUAGCUUUCAACAAACAUUACAAGCUGUCGUCUUUAAGAUUGACCUUUUCUUGCUUUUCUUCCAGUCAGCCAGUGUUUUCAGAAUUUAAAUAUUACAGGAUGUGAAGAUUAAAUGAAAAUGAAUUGGAUUAUUUCUCUUUAAUCCAUAUAGUAACUGUUCCACAUGAAGUGUGGGAUUGUUUUACAUCAUUUCUUACUCUGACUUUAGCUACAAAUCACUCAGCUCUUUUUUUUUUGUAUUAGUUCUGUUUCUUCAGAGUUACUGCUACAGGUGAGCAUUUACCUGCCUGGUUAAACUGAAGUUGAGUCAGAUAUUUUGUACAUCUGUUUUCAGUCUUAAAGUUCUGGCCUGUGAGGAGGAAGUCUGAACCUCCUCUGCUGAAUAUUAGCAGUCCUCAAACAGGCUGCGAGAGGCGGGGCCUUGUGGUCUCCUCGUCCAAUGAGCCGAGGAGACCGGAGCGUUUGUGUUUUUUCCCAGAAGCAUUCUCAGAUAAGUAAACUAAAUAAUCUGGGGUUACGGACUGUUGGUCCAAACCAUUAAUUCAUCAUCAAAUGUUUUCUACAAUGAUACCAACUUCUUCAUUGUUGCAACCUUGUUUUAGAAAGCCGAUAAAUGAUUGAUCAGUUACAAACAAUUGUUAUCGCACAGUUGAAAUGUCUUUAAAACCCAUUUAUAGGAUGUGAAAGUAAAACAAGUUUUGAAUUAAUUGACCAAAAGAGUGAACAGUGUGCAGAUGUUUCCCCUCGGAUGUAUUCUCAUACACACCUGUCUUCAUACAGAUGUUCAAGUGUCUCUGCUGUGUGAUUUGAAUUUUAAGAUGCCAAAAAUGUCCAAAUCUAUUGCUUAUAGUCAGAUUUCUUAUCUCACAAUAGAUGAGUUAAAAAAAGAAUGUUCCAAAUUAAACCAGCCACUCAUGAGAGAUCCCAAAUAUUAGGUGUUUGUUUCAAAAAGAAAUGCGAACAACAUUUCCCAAAAUGCAUUGUACACCUUAACAUUUAUUUUCUUUAUUUGGUUUUGUGUCUUGUUUGUUUUUGAGUCAGAAUUUCACAAUAAAGUUCUGAAUUUUGUCAGACUUUUGAGACUAGUCAGAAUACUGAGAUUUAAUUAUUCUGACUCUCUUCAAGAUAUUGACCAUCACAAAACUCAAUUUUUACUUUUUUAAAAUUAGUUAUUUUUUAAUUACUUUUUAUUUAAUUUAGAGGUUUUUUUUCUUUUUUUUGAGAAAAGCUUCUGAUUGGACGUUCAGCCGCCUUCAUUAUUCUCAAUGUUAUCGAUGUUGUUGCUUUUUCAAAAAGAGGCUCAGUUUUUUGUAUUUCGAUGUAAAACAGGAAAAUAAAUGGAAGUAUGAUGCCCACAUUCAGCUCAGUGACGUUCAGUAGCCCCUCAUCAUUUUAAAUAUAAUGCACCUGAAAUGUUUUCUGUUUUUAUUUCUCUUUCUCUCUCUGGUUGCAUUUGUGCAGGAAGUCAUUUUACGGCCCUGACUGUAUAUCUAUUUCAUUUUCAAUAAACGUUUUGGUGUUUUGAUCACCGUAUAGAAGCAUCA